GGGUGGUCCUGGGAUCCGGAGGGGAGGCGGGGUGGAGGCGGGGCUUGGGGCUGUGAGAGGCUGUGGUGGGUAGGUGGGUUCAGACCGAGGGGACUACGGGUCGGCGUUGGGCUCAGUGGGCUCGAAACAAAGGGCUGUCCAGUGGGGAUUCGUCGCGGCGCCUUCUGAGUGGUCGGGUCGAGGCUUCUCGGCCUAGCAGUGCCCUCGCUGCGCGAUCUCAGGCGGGUUCUUCUCGGCUCCGCGCAGCCCGCGCCGCGGUGGGGGACCCGGCGCAGCGACACCUGCUGCCGAGGGACCCCGCGGCCCGCCCCGGUGCUCGUGAUGGGGCUGAUCUUCGCCAAACUGUGGAGCCUCUUCUGUAACCAAGAACACAAAGUAAUUAUAGUGGGACUGGAUAAUGCAGGGAAAACCACCAUUCUUUACCAAUUCUUAAUGAAUGAAGUGGUUCAUACUUCUCCAACCAUAGGAAGCAAUGUAGAAGAAAUAGUUGUGAAGAACACUCAUUUUCUUAUGUGGGAUAUUGGUGGUCAGGAGUCUCUGCGAUCAUCCUGGAACACAUAUUACUCAAAUACAGAGUUCAUCAUUCUUGUUGUUGAUAGCAUUGACAGGGAACGACUAGCUAUUACAAAAGAAGAAUUAUACAGAAUGUUGGCUCAUGAGGAUUUACGGAAGGCUGCAGUCCUUAUCUUUGCAAAUAAACAGGAUAUGAAAGGGUGUAUGACAGCAGCUGAAAUCUCGAAAUACCUCACCCUUAGUUCAAUUAAGGAUCAUCCAUGGCACAUUCAAUCCUGCUGUGCUCUCACAGGAGAAGGGUUAUGCCAAGGUCUAGAGUGGAUGACCUCCCGGAUUGGUGUGAGAUAACUUUUUUGCUUGAAAGAGACUGCUCUAUUUAUUCUGUGACAUGAACAUUUUUUCCUAGUACCUUUGGCUGCUAAGGCAGCAGCAUGUUUAAUUUAUAACAACACAAACCUCUGAGAGCAACACUUGAAUCAAGUGCAGCUGAACUGGAACAUAAAAGAUUUUUUCUUAACUUUUUUUUUUUAACACACUAAUCUUCAGUUGGAUGAACAUAAUGUAUAACUAUGUUUUCAGCAACAAUUCUUCUGUUUAUUCUAAUUAUUCAGUGACUGCCUUGUAAGAAAUGUUUGUCAUAUGCGUGACGUCUUCUGAAAUAUUCUUAUAACCUUAAUGACCAGUUGCUUUCAAUUCUUGACCACCACUCCCUCCCAACCAGAGAAUUACUGGUUUGAUAGAGUAGUCGUGGAAACCAUCAGGUACUGCCUGCAAAAUUCUCCAGCACUAAAUAUUUGUUCCCUCUAUAAACCAUUCAUCUUUUGGACAGAACUUACUGUAAAGAAAGAAAUCUGCCUAGAGGAUAUAUGUAAGGAAGAUUCCACAUCAUGAGUACUUGCCUUUUAACUUUCCCCCACGUUACUGUUGAGUCAUGGAAUAAUGUUUAAGUUGUUAUUUGCAUGGAAAUUAAGUAGGCUGUUUAUUUAUCUAAAGGAAUCAUGUCCACUCUUCUGCCUGCAACAUUUGGUCAAAAACUAACCAAGGUAAAAUAUUUAUUUGAAAGCCCAACUUUGAUGUUAAAUAUUCUUGAAUAAAUCUGAUAUUUUAAGAAUAUCACAUUAUUCAAUGCAUAUAAAACUAUCAGAAGUUAGUAAAUCAUACCAGCACUAAAAAUAAGACAAUUGGAAUAUAUUUUAGCAUCAGUUUACAAACAACUUUAUUAUCAACAGAAAUUUUAGCUCUUUUCUUUGCAAGAUAUAUCACAGCUGCUUUGGGCAGUAGCUGAAGCCGAAGUAUGAACAGUCCAUUUUGUUUCUUAAAAUUUGAAGUCGUGUCUGUCAUAGCAUUUUUACUACCAGCAGUAUGUUACUUAAAAAACUACAUGGCUUUCCUUGAAUUUAUUUGACGGUAUUAUGUAAUAGAAUUGAAACAAUUGCCAUCUUUGUAGUUACGCCUUGGGUUCUAAAAUGUUAUAGGAAACUGCUGAAUUGAAUCCUAGCUUUUAGAAUAUUAAUAUGAGACUCAAAGUUAAUAUUCUUAACAACUUUAAAAAGAAAAAGUCAUAAUCUAUCAAAAGUUUGUUUAUUGGAUGGCAUUAAAACAUUUUUGAGGCAGUUGUCUAAUAUGAACAAUAAUCUAAACAAUAUAUUCCUUAAAUUAACAGGAAAGACAAGUGUUGUAUUUCGAUCCUGUUUAUUCGAAUGUGUGAUUUUGCUGAAAUGAAAGGGAUAAAAUGAAUACUUAGAGAAUAAUACUUCAUUUUUGCAGUAUUUUUUAAUUUUGAUAAAAAAGAUACAAUGUUCAUAAUAUCAAAAUAUGUGUUCAAAAUUGGUAUUUUAAUUUUAAUAUUUUUGUAAGUUGAUUUAAAUUUUGCUCUUUUUUCAAGUGUGCUUGGUUUAUUAUAUUGAGUCAAGUUAAUUUAGUCGAAUGUGGUAACAUUUUUAUGAUUUAUCUUUAGUUGUAGCACACCCUUGAACUGAACAGUGGCCAAAGGAAAGCUUUCUGGGCUUUGGAAAGUAGUUGUUUAACUUUGUUUUAAACCGUUUUCUUAGUGAUUCUGUAUCAAGUAGAGGAUAAGUGUAGUUUAACUUAGUUUUUAAUAUAACCCAUAAUCAAGAACAUGAGCGAAAAGCAGACAUAAAUCAAUAUGGAUGGUUUGUGGUGUGUGUGGGAUGUGGGGGAAUUAAGAAAAUGCCAUUUACCUAAGCACAGUUUGCCUGAAUUUCUGCUUGGUUGUGUUGUUUACCGUAAGUACUGAGGAUAGUUUCCCUAAGUCUGUCCUGAGAAAAAGCAUACUUAGUACUCCUGUAUUUGUUCUUAUGAAAUGACUAUCUGCCUUCUUGUAUCUAGUAAGAUUGGCUGGCUCAAUUUUCUUCUGUCAAAUUAUAUGGUUAUUUUUUAUAUUACCACAUCAGCAUUAUAUUAAAAGUGUUUUUAAUAGUUGAUUGUAUUUUGCCAACUACUAGUAUAGACUCAAAUUUGCUAUUUAAUUUUUAAAAUACAAUUUAUUUUGUAAAUCCUUUAAAAAAUAUUUGGUUAGUUUUGGAUUAGAAAUGAUUUAUGUUAGCCAUGUGUUGAAGAUGAAAUUGGCAUCAGUGUAGACGGUGCUGAUUGGGAAAAGUUCAUGAUUAGGAAAUUCAUGUAAGACUUUUUAAGGGUAUUUUUUAGGUUUUCACUCAAUCUUUCUUGUUACAGUAACGUGAAAACUGAUUAUUCUUUACUCCAAGAGAAUGUUUUAACCCAAGCAAGUAUCUAAUACUAGAGCAUUGGUUCUGACAUUCAUUGUAAAUCAGUGAACUGUAAGAUACUGUCUAAAAAAUGUACAUUUGUAAUUAGUGCCUUUAUUCAUAUUUUGAAAUAAGUUCUUAGUUUUAUAUUAUACCUGUUCUUUAGAAGUCAUGUUAGCAGCUAAUUAUUUCAAUGAUGAAAUAAUUUGUGUUUUAUAUCCCCCUUCAUCUCCAUGUAUUGGUUAGCACAGUUUAUAGUAAGUGAAAAGCAAGGGGCCCACCUACAUUACCUUCAGGAGACUGUUCUACCUUUUAAUUUGAAAAUAAGGAAAUUAAAUUUUAACAGAAAUCUUUUAAGUAUGUUAUAACCAAAGUGUUCAAUUAUCCUUGCAAGUUCAAAUACAGCAUUUUUCUUAAUUUUGAGCAUGUCAUGUCCUUCAUCUUUAAACCCAUCAUUCUUAUUGAAGCCCAUUUGAGAACUCUUAGAAUUAAUAGAACCUUUUAUAAGGGAAUAUACGGAAUAUUUUUUAUUGUUAAUUUAACUUAAUUCCUUAAAACCUGGAAUAUUAAUAUAAUCUAUUAAAAGCUGAAGAUUAAAUAUGUAAUUUUUGCGUUUAGUUUCUUGUGUUAGUAUGCUUAAAGGUAUCAAUACUUUUAUUCUAUAUUCAUUAGAAGAAAGGUAAUAAAUUUAAGUUUCAUUGCUGAAACAUUUUAAAUGAGUGCCACCCCAUAGCCAUAGUCAUUUUGAUUAAGCAUAAUUUAACUUUCAUUAUAGCAUAAAGAGAAAAUAAUUAUUUUAGUAUGGAAACAGUGAUAGGCAGUGCUGUAAACAAUAUUCUGAAAAGUUGUGGGGGUCACAAAGAAAAUUUUAAAGAAUAUAGAAGCUUUUUAAAAAAAUCUUUUUAGUGUAGUUUCUUAGAACAAAUUAUAAACAUAAUCAUUCUGAAUAAUCAAUUUUUAUUUAGUCCUUAACUAUGUAAAACCGUAUCAGUAGAAAAAUGUGCUGGUGUCGUGUCUAAAGAUGGAUAAAUUUCUUUGGAAUUUAUCUUUGGAGACCAACUUUAUGAGGCAGACUUUUUGUCUACGGCUUUGGAACCAAAAAAACUUCACUCUAAUUCAGUCCUAAAGGCUAUUUUACAUUUUGCUGGGGUAAAGUGACUUCAAGAUACAGCAUGGUGUCUUGUAUCUAGUAGAAUAUUGUGCUAGCCAUCUAAAAAAGUGGAUUUGAGCCUUAAUUUGGCCGUUUCUCAAUUGUCUAGUUGACCUUAGACAAUUAGUGUCCAUGGCUUUCCUUUUGUUUUUCCCAUACUGAGGAACUUAAACUACAGCUCUAAAAUGUCUUUUGGUUUUAAAAUUCUGAAUGCUUAUAUACUACUAUUAAAAAUUAAAAAUCCCCCAAAUAGUAGGGAAGUACAAGUAAUAUGAAAUUAAAUGUAUUUUUAUCCAUUAUUUGAUUCCCACCUAUUAUUUUAUUUAGAAUACGAAUACAACCAAGUAGGGAAAAAAGUAUCAGUAACUGCUAUUCAACUUAAAUUCAGCGAAUGAAUAGCUGAAUAGAAAUAGCUAAUGACAAUGCAAAAGAGAAAACAAGCCAUAUUGCUAAGAAAAGGAUAGUAAGCUGCUUAGAAAGAACCAGCCUGUGUUGGAAAUAAUUCUCUUCUAGAUAAUUUACCUUAUUUUCUUGGCUUGUACUAAUUGAAUGGAAGUGGUUAAUUUGUUCAGAGUUUAUUGCCUUUUGAUGCCACCCCAAUCUAUAGUUCUGUGUGACUUUCUAUACUGGAAGAGUAGGGUCAGUAGCCAGGUUGUCAGUCUUUUACAAAUGUCUACAUAAAUGUCUACAUAAAUCUGAAAGUGGUUUAUAUUCAAGGUUAGUUUUUCAGUAGCGUCUCCUCCUUAUUCAUUCACUUUUACUAUGAAGACUGAAAUCCAAAAGCCAGGUUCCCCAAAAAAGUAUUUUUAAAAAAUUUUAGGGGACCAAAAUAAAUAGAGGAAGACCAAUAUAAAAAAAUAUGUUCAACUAUUCCAUUUUAAAUUUAAAGCAGAAAAAAAAAAUUGUGCCCCUCAGACCUAAAGGCAGCUUUAAAUGUAUAUAGUUUGGUGAAACAUUUGGGAAAUAUUAAUUUGGAGGUUUAGAAGCAUACUGAAAAACAAAUUCAAAGCACUUGAAAGUAAAGACAAUACCAUGAGGUCGAAAAACUUUCAAAAGGAUAUUAGGUAAGAGAAAAUGUGAAUGAAAGCAGUGAAUUUGUGCCUCUCCUCGUAUUUAGGGUACUUAAAAUUACUAAAAAAUACAGUCUUUUUACCAUAGAGCUAGAUGGCCUGUAUUAUUCUUAAUGUGGCCAAAGGAGUGAAGACUGAUUAGGGUUUUAGAAUUUGGAACUGUAGUCACAUAAAGGCAUCUUUUGCAUUUCUUAAACCAGUAAUCUACAUUUUCUCCUGGAAAUGGAGAAAUAUGAAAUGUGCUGUGCAUAGCUUUUGGAAUAGAAAACAAAGUUUUAAAAGAAUGGGUAUGUUUUCUUGCACAACUUGUAAAAUUUUAAUGAAAAAAUUACCUCAUUUUUCAAUCCAUAAGGUGCUUUGCUCAAGUUUGUGGGAUGUUUGUACCAUCCCAUAAAAACCCCCUUCACCCAAACUGUAUUUGAAAUAUGCAAAAUUCAUAACUAAGGGAUAGCAUUCCUUGGAGAUUUUGUUUUGUUUUACUCUUGUUUACCAGCUGGGCCAACAUGGUAGAUAUAUCAGAUUCACAUAUGGUUUCAUUAAAGCACAUAGGAAAGUGCUCAGUCAAUAUUUAAUUAGUUUAAUUAGAUAAGGGAAAGGAGAAAUCCUAAAUUUGAUGGAUUCUUUUAUACUGUGAAUAUAUUUCCAUCAGUGUUGGUAAGAUAUCAAAUGACUAUCAGUUGAUCCCAGUCAUCAGUGACUUAUUUGCAUAUUUAAGCCCUAUUCACAAGAGACCAUAAUCAUUUUAAUCUUAUAUUUUCCCUCAGGAAAUUUAGGGACUCUGAAGCCCCUAUUUUAUUCUCUUGGAGUAAACUGUUGAGUGUAGUUACAAAACCUUUUAUUUAUGACUUAAAAAAAGUUUAGCUGCUAUUUCAUUGAAAGUGUAAAAUAAAACGGUCAUGAUUUUUUUCAAUUACAGAAUAGUUACAAAUUUUACCAUGUUCAUCUAUUCCACAGAGCAUGUUAAAAACAACAACAAAAACCUAACAGCAAUUACAACCUUGGUGUUGGCGUUUAUUCUAAUCAGAGUGAAUGAUUAUAAUCACACUUUGCUAUUUUAACAUAAAUUGGUGCUUUAGAGCAUUAAGAGGAAGCAGCAGGCCCUGUACUCAAUAUUUAUUAUUUCUUGCCUCAGAAUGCAAAACAACUUUAAAGUGUCUAUAUUCAUAUAUAUGUGUAUUUCUUAAGAUUUAAAUACAAACUGUUGUUACUCCUUAAGCUUCAGGCUUUCUGUGAAAGCUCUAAGAAUAUCUUAAUUACUAUGCUUGGUCAACUAGAAGAUGGUAUUAAUAAGGUCAGAAUUAGGAAUUGGAUUGCUCUGUGGGUCCUCCGGUAUUGUGCAGAGGAAAGAAAAAUGUCUUUCACACCACAAACUGUGUGUCUGAACCCCAGCCAAACAAAUGUGUUCCAUUGGUCCAAUAUAUAAGCAUUAACAGCAACAACAAAAAAUUUAAAACAAGUAAAUUAAUGCAUUCACAUUAUCACUUCUUGAAAAUGGUUCAAAGCAUGUUUUCCUGAUGGUGGGGUUGUUUAAAUGACAUGUUUUAAAGUUUUUAAUACUUUAUUACUGUUAUGAAGUGCUUCUUUUAUAUGUUUAGGUUGCCAGUACUCAUAAUUUUUAUUUCUGCAAUUAUGUUAUAAUGAGUUGUUUGCAUGCCUACUUAACCCAAGUAAAACGAUGCUGUUUGCUCUGGAAUGUUCAUCUUUUAGACAGGUUUUGGCUCAUUUCCAAUCAUGGUGCAAUAUAGUGUAACAUUCAUUUGUUUUCAUUCAACAGUUUUAUUUUUGUCAUAAUAAAUAAUUACUUUUCCAAUA